UUCUAUUCUUCGUUAACUUGCGACAGACUGCAGAAACAAAUUGGGGAAAAACUGAACUGAAGCAAUUAGGGUUUCGGGAAAAUUUCAAGAGCUAGCGAAGAGUUCUGAAGAAUUAUUGAUUCAGGACUAGGGAAUAUGAGCUCUGUGUCUGUCUUGUUCAACUGUUACUACAAUGGAAAGUGGAGGAACUCAGGGAAGAAUCUUGGUUAUGAUGGAGGCGAUGUUAAGACCAUUGACUGCGAUCCUCGUGAAUUGUUUGUUUACUUGGUGGAUGUGUUAGGCGUGUCUUUAUAUGAACAAAGAGUAUGGUAUAAGCAUCUGUAUGAGAGCUUUGAGAAUCUGAAGAUAUUGUGCAAUGGUGAUGAGAAUUUUCAGAGGAUGUGCGAAGCAGCUAUUUCGACAAAAAUGUUUGAGGUUUUCUUGGAGAAAGAUGAAGAUGAUGAUGCUAAUAGCAGUGGAGAGGCUCCUCAAUAUGAGAAUGUUAUCACUAGUGAUAAUGGUGGUGAAAUGUGUGAGGAGGAAGCUCGAGUUGAGAAUAAUUUAAUAGGCUUUGUUGAGGAAGAAGAAGAAUGCAAUUCCGAAGAUACUCCUCCAAACUCGGACUGUGAGGAAGGUGAAGAAGCAGAAACACGGAGACAUUAUGAUAGAUACACCAAAUUCAGUGGAGAGAUCAGGCUGGAGCAAACCUUUGAUAGCAUAGCUGAGUUCAAAGAUGCCGUGGUUGAUUACGUGCUCAAGACAGGUUGGAAUGUGAAGUACACAAGAUGGGGCUCUGAGAAAUCUGAAGUCAAGUGUACAAUCGGUGGAGGUUGCCCAUUCAGAAUAUACUGCUCUUUUGAACAACCUAUUGGUUUAUUCAUGGUGAAAUUCUACAAUGAUGAACAUUCUUGUACCAAAGAUGGGUUUAGCAAAGUAGUGAAGGAUGGGAUAAUUGCUAAGUUGUUCUUGAACGACAUUAGAAGAGAUCCUGAUUUUAGGCCACAAGCUAUGCAAGAAUCUCUAGAGGAACGCUAUGAUUUGGUUGUCUCAAUCAUAACCAAUGUAGAAAAGCAAAGGACAAAGCCUUAAAGAUGAUUCAAGAAGAAUAUGAUGAGCAAUUUACGAGAUUAAAAGACUACAAGAAUGAGCUGUUGAGAACUAACCCAAGAUCAACUGUAGAGCUUGGGACAGUUUCUGGAGAUGGAGAUGUAGUGCUCUUUGAUCGUUUUUAUGUGUGCUUUAAAGCACUCCGCGACAUUUGGCGUGCUUAUUGUCGUCCGAUCAUUGGGAUUGAUGGUUGUUUUCUGAAGAACAACGUUCAAGGCCAACUAUUGGCAGCCGUUGGAAGAGAUGCAAAUAAUCAGUUUUAUCCUGUUGCUUGGGCAGUUGUAGGAGUGGAGAACACAGAUAAUUGGUUAUGGUUUAUUAGGAAACUAAAAGUGGAUUUGGGUAUCAAUGAUGGAGAUGGAUUUACACUUAUAUGAGAUAGGCAAAAGGGCUUGCUUAUUGCUGUUGAUCAAGAAUUGCCAAACAUAGAACACCGUAUGUGUGCACGUCACAUAUAUGGAAACCUUACACGAGUGCAUCCAGGCAAAGCUAGAAUGAAGAAACUGUUUUGGAAAAUUGCUAAGAGUUUCACAACUGCUGAGUAUGAUGAAGUCAUUGAAGAAAUGAAAGAAGUAUGACAUUGAUGUAUACGAGACCUUGAUGGAGAAGAAUCCUCAAAAUUGCAGCCGUGCUUACUUCACAACUACAGCAUGUUGUGAAGAUGUUCACAACAACUUCUCUGAGACGUAUAACAACACAGUCAACAAGGCAAGAGAGAUGCCUUUAGUGGAGAUGCUUGAGACAAUAAGGAGACUGGCUAUGGUUCGUAUUGAUAUACGGAAGAAGAAAGCGGAGAACCACAAGGGAAAGUAUAGUUUGAAAGUGGCAAAUACUAUUGCUGACGAGUCAUUGCAUAAAAAGAACUGUCGAGCCGUUGCUGGAGCUAAUGGAGUAUUCGACGUGCGCGAGAAUUCCACUGGCUAUAGCGUGCAUAUGAGAAAAAGGACAUGUACCUGUCGAAAGUGGGAUAUGACAGGUAUUCCAUGUCGUCAUGCUCUGCGUGUUAUCAUGCAAAUGAAGUGGAAUGCUGAAGAUUACGUUUCAGAUUGGUACUUGACAACCAAAUGGCGUAACAUAUAUAAUGAUUCCAUCUCACCAGUUACUGGCAUGCGCUUUUGGAACAAAUCUGAUGAAUCUAGGCUCCAACCACCAACAAGACCUGAAACUAAAGGACGCAAGAAGAAGCAAAAGAGGAUCAAAGGCAAAAAUGAAUCACCAAAGAAGAAAUUAAAAUUUGUAGAAUCUCCCAAGAAGAAGGUGAAAGUUGGCAGGGAAGGAAGGACAGUUAGGUGUGGACAUUGUGGGUUAACAGGUCACAAUGCUUUAAAAUGUCCAAACAGUGGUGCAUCAGUUUAUAGGAAGCCAAAAAAGUCCGCUUCUUCUCAGGGGGAAGGACUUAGCCAAGAGUCACAAGUUUAAGACGUUUUGUUUUGAACUUUUGCUGUUUUUUUUUUGUAGUUUUGCUUUGGCUUAUAUGAUUGUGUUUAGUUAUUGGAUGUUUUUUUGUUUUGUUUUGGUGUUAUGCCUCGAAUUUUAUAACUAUUACGUAUUUGAUAA